AUGCUCCGCACACUCGUUCGCCAGCUCCCGGCGACAGCAAAGAGCGUCGCGACUGCACGGGCGGCAGCGGGCGGGGAGGCGGCAAAGUGGGGCUUCCUGGCGUGGACGACGAUGCCGACUGGAGGCGCGGUGGCGGCGACCUGGCGGCUGGCGGCUGCGCGAUGGGCAUCGUCGAGGCCGCCGCCUCCGCCGCCACCGCGGCAGCCCGAGCCGUGGGUCCAUCCGGACGCUCGGGUCCGCGGCGAGGCGCUCAACAAGUACGCGACCGAUCUGACGGCUGCGGCGCGCGAGGGCAAGCUCGAUCCGGUCAUCGGGCGCGACACAGAGAUCCGGCGGACGCUCGAGGUACUGGCACGGCGGCGGAAGAACAACCCGAUUCUGAUUGGCUCGCCCGGAGUGGGCAAGACGGCGGUGGUUGAGGGCAUCGCGCAGCGGAUUGUGGCCGGCGACGUGCCCGAGUCGAUCAAGUCGAAGCGUGUGGCCUCGCUCGACGUGUCGGCGAUGGUGGCCGGCGCCAAGUUCCGCGGCGAGUUUGAGGAGCGACUCAAGGAAGUGUUGAAGGAUGUGACUUCGGCCGACGACGUGGUCCUCUUCAUCGACGAGAUCCACACCAUUGUGGGCGCCGGCGCCGCUGAGGGCUCGAUGGACGCCGGCAAUAUGAUCAAGCCUGCGCUCGCGCGCGGUGAGCUGCACUGCGUCGGUGCAACUACCCUUGCCGAGUACCGUAUCAUCGAGAAGGACGCGGCACUGGCGCGGCGGUUCCAGCCGGUCCUCAUUGAGGAGCCGUCGACAGACGACACGGUCUCGAUCCUGCGUGGGCUCAAGCCCAAGCUCGAGGCGCACCACGGCAUCCGCAUCACCGACGCGGCAUGCAUUGCGGCGGCCACGCUCUCGUCGCGGUAUAUUGCCGACCGGUUCCAGCCCGACAAGGCCAUCGACCUCAUUGACGAGGCUGCGGCUCGACUCCGGCUCGAGUCCGAGAGCAAGCCAGAGAGCCUGGAGAAGCUCGAGCGCCGCGUGCUGCGAAUGCAGAUCGAGGCGCAGGCGCUGAAGCAGGAGACGGAUCUGGCGUCCAAGGAGAGGCUUGCGGCGCUGGAGAGCGAGCUUGUCGGCCUCCAGGAGGAGGCGAGCAAGCUGCACUCUAAGUGGCAGAUCGAGCGCGACCUCCUGCACCGCGCCAAGAACGCGCAGCAGGAGCUCGAAGAGGCGCGCGCCGAGCUGGCCAAAGCGCAGCGCGAGGGCAACCUCGCACGAGCCGGCGAGCUCAUGUACUCGAUCAUUCCCAAGCUCGAAGAGGCCGUGCCUGACGACGACGAGGACCUUGAGCUCGAGCUGCUCUCCGAGGCCGUGACCGACGCCGACAUUGCGUCGGUGGUGGCGCGGACGACCGGCAUUCCAACGGACCGCCUCCUCCACGGCGAGCGCGACAAGGUGCUCCAUCUCGAAGACGUGCUCAGCAAGCGGGUGGCAGGGCAGGACGCGGCGCUCCAGGCCGUCGCGUCGGCCAUCCGGGUCUCGCGCGCCGGCCUCGCGCCCAAGUCGCGACCCAUUGGCUCGUUCCUCUGCCUCGGUCCGACCGGGGUCGGCAAGACCGAGCUCGCCAAGGCGCUUGCUGAGUACAUGUUUGACACUGAGACGGCGCUCAUCCGCAUUGACAUGUCCGAGUAUGCCGAAAAGCACACUGUGUCGCGGCUCACCGGCGCGCCACCGGGCUAUGUCGGCCACGAUGAGGGCGGCCAGCUGACUGAGGCUGUUCGCCGCAAGCCAUACUCGCUUGUUGUGCUCGAUGAGGUCGAGAAGGCCCAUCCGUCGAUCUUCAACGUCCUGCUGCAGGUCCUCGACGACGGCCGCCUCACCGACGGUCAGGGCCGGACCGUUGACUUUACCAACACCGUCAUCCUCAUGACGUCAAACCUCGGCUCGUCAGCGCUUGCCGGCUUGCCCGACGGCGCCCCUGCGUCCGAGGCCGAGCCUGCGGUACUGGAGCAGGUCCAGUCGUUCUUUGCGCCCGAGUUUGUCAACCGCAUCGACGAGGUGGUUCUCUUCAACCGCCUCGACCGGACCACCAUGCGCUCCAUCGUCGACAUCCAGGUCGCCGACCUUGUCACCACCCUGCAGGACAAGCGGAUCACGCUCGAGCUCGACGACGCGCCAAAGACCUGCUUGCCACCCUCGGCUACGAUCCAGUCUACGGCGCCCGCCCACUCGGCCGCGUCAUCAAGCGCCAGAUCGUCAACCCGCUCGCCCUGCGCGUUCUUGAGGGUGGCCUCGACCGCGAGCCGCCAUUGA